AUGCCAAUUCUUCUGCAGUUUCCUCAAGACAUUCUCAGACAUGGCUGGAAAGACGCCAGCAAGCAUAGCAUGCUAGGUCUUGGCGAUAUUGUCAUUCCUGGAAUAUUUAUCGCUCUUCUUAGAAGAUUUGAUCUUAGGAUAGGCGACAAGGAUACAAAAAAGAAGCAAGGAGGACGGUACUUCUUCUCUAUCACAGUUAUAGCUUAUGCAGUUGGCCUCCUGAUAACCAUGCUAGUCAUGCACCAUUUCAAGGCGAUGUCAUCAUGCUCCCUGUAUGCAAUGUCUUUGUUAUGUAUAAUUGUUGGUGGGAUACGGUCCGCAAAUUUCGUUAAAAGGCAGAUUCUCAAGAAGCGCCCAUUAGAGGCGUCAAUAUCGAUGUCUGAAGCGAAAAAGUUCCCCUUCACAGCUUCUUUGGUGCUAUUUACACUUUAUUUGUUUUUCAAGCUUGCCAGUAAACUUCCGGAGGAUGUCCACCCUUACCUUGAGUACAUUCCAUCGGUCACAAAGGCUCACGUAAUGAAAUUACUCCUUAUUCUAAUUUGCUAUGAAGGUUGUGUUGCGCUCGCCGCUCUUUUGAAGCCUCUGUUCUCUUUCGUUCUGUCUUUGCUUCCAAUAGGUAAUCGGCGGCCUCGUCUCAAUAUUCCCUAUUUUCUGUCCAUUAAGAAAGGAACUAAGGAAAUGGAAGAGGGUGAUAUUGAGGAUGCAAAGAAGAGUGACUUUGCUGGAUCUCUUCUUCUUGUCGGACUGUUCAUCUACGAUGUGUUUUGGGUAUUCGCUACAGACGUCAUGACAUCGGUUGCAAAGGGAAUCGAUGCGCCAAUUCUUCUGCAGUUUCCUCAAGACAUUCUCAGACAUGGCUGGAAAGACGCCAGCAAGCAUAGCAUGCUAGGUCUUGGCGAUAUUGUCAUUCCUGGAAUAUUUAUCGCUCUUCUUAGAAGAUUUGAUCUUAGGAUAGGCGACAAGGAUACAAAAAAGAAGCAAGGAGGACGGUACUUCUUCUCUAUCACAGUUAUAGCUUAUGCAGUUGGUCUCCUGAUCACCAUGCUAGUCAUGCACCAUUUCAAGGCUGCGCAGCCUGCGUUACUGUACCUAGUUGCCCGUGCUGCCUUUGGGGCUACCCUGUUUGCUGUUCUGUCUGACAGGAGAGCGAAGGAGUUAUGGAAUUAUGACGAAGAACAUUUGACUGAUAAGCACGAAAAGGAGAAGGCGAAGAAAGUCGACGCUAGCAAGAAGACCAAUUAA